UGUGGAAGCGUGGACAACUUCUUGCGGAAGCUUCGACAGUCUUCUGUGGAAGCUGGAACAGUGGAAGCUUGUUGCGCAAACUUGAGCAGCUCCGUGCAGAUGCUUGGACAGCUUCUUGUGGAAGCUUGAACAGCUUCUUGAACGCUUACUUGCCUGAACUUGGACGUCUUUUUAGGAAAAAAAAACUAGAAAAGCAGAGGCUGGACAGUUUCUUGCGGAAGCUGAACAGUAUCUUGCGGAAGUCAGCCAGCUUCUUGUGCAAGCUCGGACAGCUUCUUGUGGAAACUUGGGAAACUUUCUGCGAUAGUUCGUACAGCUCCUACGGAGCUUUGUACAGCAUUUAGUGGAAGCUGAACAGCUACUUGCGUAAGCUCGGAUAGUUUUUUGUGGAAGCUUGGACAAUUUCAAACGAAAUUUUGGACAGUUUCUUGCAGAAGCUUAGUUAGAUUACUGUGGAAGCUUGAACAGCUUCUACGGAAGCUUCCACUGCUAUUUGCACCAGCUUUGACGUCAUUUGCGAGAAUUUGAACAGUAUCUUGCGGAUCGUCGUCGAGCUUUCUGUGGUAAUUUAGGCAACUGGUAACGGAAGCUCGAACAAGAAAGCCAGGACAGCUACUUGGGGAAGCUUGGACUGCUUCUUACGGACAGCUUGUUUCGGAAACUUGUUCGCUUUUUCUAACAGCUAACAGUCGAUGCUUUCAACAGAUGUUUCAUGUAUACUUAGUCAUGAAUUGCGAAAACUGAUUGCACUACUCGAUAAACAUUCAGUUGAGCACGUUUUUAAAUAUGUGCUUGAUCAAUCAAAGAUCACUUUUCGGUCAGAGCUCACCCAAGAUGCCUGUUUCCUACGAUUUCGUCAUUCUUCUCGCACUAUUCAUUGUUCUGGCAAGAUCUCACCCUCUGCCAGAAGAAACUGCAGGCGACGCGUCCAACAAGUGUACCCUAAGCGAAGAAGACCUCAGCAACCUCAAAAGCGCCAUCUACAGUGCAGCCAGUGCCAAGUCAUCGGAGACCGCCAUACUCUCCAACGACACUCUAACCGCGUGUCCCAUGCUGUCGAACUUCACCGAAAUGCUGAAAACCGUGGCCACCGACAUGGAGGUAUUGAAGACCCAGGGCGUCUCCAACGCCGAAGUCGAACUGCUGCGGGAAUCCUUCGAAGAAAAACUCAACGAGCUCGCCAAGAACAAGGACAUUUUUGAGCGGCAGGCCGGCCAGGAAGCCUCCAAGACCGAAGGCGCAAUGGUCGAGAAGAUCAACCAGCUGCAGCUCCAGAUGACCAAACUGCAGGAGGAGAUCGAGCAACAGACCAAGCAGAUGUACGCCGACAUGAUCGAGUACGUGUUCCAGCGGUUGAAGACGAACGACACGGACGCGAUCGACAGCUACGCGCAGAUCUUGUUCAAAGCCAAGAUGCACGAUCUGUUCAUGAAGCUGAAAACCGAUCGCUGGGUGCUAUGGAAUAUGCUGAACUACGUGGAGCAGAAGAAGGACAAGUUGGUCGGUAAACGAGUGCUGAACACGGUCAUCAAUCAGGUAAUCAGCCUGAACCGCAGCAAUCCGGACGAGCUGGAGAUCGGGAAGCACUCGCUGGUGAAUUUGCUGUGCUGGACGUCAACCGCCAAAACGGUUUACGGAGCGGUGCAGGAGGAUCAGAAGAUGUUUUAUUUGACGAAGCUGUAUUUCCCGGCGGAGAAAGGCUGCACGGAGUGUAAGGACGUGACGAGCCGAACGUUGUGUAGCAAUACGUACCCGAAAUCCAUCGCGAAAGCUUACGGGUAAGGGGUUGAGGCUUUGAGUGAGAGUUUGAUAAGUCGUACUCUUUACAGUUGAAUGGAAACGUUAGCAAAUCAAGCAGUGCUCAACACUUUGUUUUACUUCAUUUGAGAAACCCCCUUUGUUUUUAGGAAACAUCCUCAAAAAACAAUACAAACAUCAUUGCGGAAGCUUGGGAAACUUCUGACACGUAAGCUCGGAAGCUUCUUGCGAGUGCCUGGAAGACUUCUUGUAGAAACUUGAAACGUUCCUUGCGGAAGUUUUGAAUGCUUCUUGCAAUAGCUUAGCAGAAUGCUUACGGAAGAUUAGAAACCUUCUUCCAAAAGCCUGAACAAUUUCUAGUAGAAGUUUGAACAGUUGCUUAAGGAAGGUUCGACAGCUUGUUAUGAAAGCCUGGACAGUUUCAUGUAAAGCGUGGGCUGGUUUGUGAAAGCUCGGAUGGUUUCUUGUGGAUUCUUGGACAGCUUCAUGCCUAAAUUUGGGCAGUUUCUAGCGAAAGCUUGGACCGCUUCCCGUGGAAGCUUGAACAGCUUCCCGUGGAAGCUUGAACAACUUCCUGUGGAAGCUUGAACAGCUUCCUGUGGAAGCUUGAACAGCUUCCUGUAGAAGCUUGGACAGCUUCCUGUGGAAGCUUGAACAGCUUCCUGUGGAAGCUUGAACAGCUUCCUGUGGAAGCUUGAACAGUU